AGUCACAGUCUCGGUCACAGUCCCCAGCAGUCGCCGAUCCAAACAAAACGCCAGCGUCGCUCCAGAGCGCUUCAUAGAGUUCGAGCAGCUUGCGGACAAAGCGGUUCGUUGGUUGGAUCGCUGCCUGGUUCAUGGGUUGUCAGCGAGGAGGCUAGGAGAGCGACGUUCACGACUACGACUUCCCACCGCGAGUGACUGACAGCCAAACGAUCGUGUCUAAACUGACGGACAGCUGGUCUGGGCCAUAACGUUAAUUUAUUUAAUUCCGCUACUCCGAAAAUCUCGCGCGCGAAAUCAGAAGAGCGGGCCUGUUGCCGCCACAAACGCGAGAAGAAAAUUGUCUAUGAACUAGACUCGGGAAAGUCGUGCGCCGGUCUUUCGAAAGCAACAUUAUUCGCCUUGAUCAAUGCUCGGGAAUAAAUAAAUGCGCCAUUUGUUUGACAGCCGAAAAUAAACCAAAAUACUCACCGAAAAGUGAAUGAACGAGUGCAAAAAUUUGAUUAAUCUAUUCCGAAACAGAAACAAAUUGCCCAAAAUUACCCUCCCCCCUCCCCACAAAAAACAACAAAACAAAAAAAUACGAGAUCAGCUCGAACCUACGCGAUAAGAACAGUUCUAAGCUAAAUAAAUGAAUUCAAGUGAGUCAAAGUUAUUUCGAGUUGACAACGAAAGAUCGUUAUUCGCCAUGCGAACAUUCAAGCGAGGCUUUUUCUGCUCGGACCUGACCAUCCGGUAUCCCUACCACGAAUGCACCAUCACAGUGCCGAUGCUGCUGCUGAUGAAGCUGCUCCUGCCGAUGCUCCUCAUCAGCGUGGUGGAGAUCAUGCGGAUCUGCAAGCGUUUCCGCAUGCGCCUCUAUCUGCGCAACCUGUGGCGCUCUCAGGCCACAUUCAGCUUCGGAUUCAUAGCCACCUUCCUCACCACGGAGCUGGCCAAGCAUGUGGUGGGGCGUCUGCGGCCCCACUUCUACCAGGCUUGUCAGCCGCGCCUCAACGACGGCACCAGCUGCUCCGAUCCCCAGAACGCAGACCUGUACGUGGAGCAGUUUUACUGCUCCAAUCGCAACAUCUCGGCGCGCCAGAUCCGAGAGCUGCACGUGAGCUUCCCCAGCGCCCACAGCAGUCUCAGCUUCUACUCCAUGUGCCUGCUGGCCUUCUACGUGCACAGUGUGUGGCAGGGACGGGGCAGCAUUCGGGUGCUGCGGCACAUUCUCCAGUUCCUCAUGCUAAUGUCCGCCCUGUGUGUCUCGCUGAGCCGCGUGGCCGACUACUGGCACCACUGGUCCGACGUACUGGCCGGCGCCGUCCUGGGCGUUGUCUAUGCAGCGAUCACCGCCAUCUAUGUGGGCGACAUGCUGCGGCCCCAGCGGCCCCGCGCCGCAGUGCCCUGCCCCACCGCCCUGGGCUACAGCGGCGGCUGCCACCACCAUCAUCUGCACCAGUUGAUGGCCGAGAAUAAUAAUUCAAGCACAUCCACCAAGGUGCACUUUCUGGCAGCGGCUGCCUCUGCAACGAUGACAACCACUACACCGCUGGACGAUAUCCACAAUUCAAAUUCCAAUUCCAACUCCAAUUCCGAUACCGAUGACAAUGAUGACGAAGACGAUGAUGAUGAUGUAUAUAAGCCGCCCACAUCACGGACAUCGACAACGCCGUCACCUUCUGCACUCGACUUGCCAAAUGUCGUCUAAGCCGACGGACGGCCUGGAAAUCCAUACAGAGAAAGAGAGAGACAGAGAGAGAGAGAGAGAGCUGGAAAGCUGGCCGAGCCGAUGUGAUUAGGCUUAUCGAGUGCCGGCUGCUAUUUCGACUAUUUUUCCAUUUAGAAAUCGAAGUAAACAGAAAAUAUGUGAUAAGCGCGCGGCGCACUCUUUACCUGAUAUGGCACCUGCCCCCGCACCCCGCACCGCGCACCCCUCUGAGCAAUUUACGAAAUCCGAGGCGACAAAUUGUGCAACGGAGCAAUGCAUCAGUUUGGUCCGGCAGCGGCAAGCCAGCGGACGCACAGUGGGACAAGCACAGAGGUAGUUCUUUGAUCAGUCUAUCUGCUCCCUGGUGAUCCCUGCUCCUGGGCCUGAUGGCGGCCUUGAGGGGUGGGUUCCCAAGCCGCACAGUGUGCUAGACACCUGGGAAAUCAUUUGAUUGAUGGACCGUGUAUCUUAAAUUCGAGUGUCAAAUGGCUUAAAAAUGUCUAAACACCUGCCUGGCUUGUCGCUACUGUUCGAUGGAUAUGUGUAGGCACAGUGCGAGCCAUGGGAAAUUGUGUGGACAGGGGGUGGGCAGAGUAAGCCCGAAUAUCGAAUCGCCUCUUGAAGAUAUCUGAGCAUUUCGGAAGCACUUUCGUUUAUCUACACUCUGUGCCAUGGACGCCGGCCGAGAUACCACUCGGCCGUUAAAAGUAAGAUCAAGCCGCUUUAUAUCUUGGCGGUCGGAACUCCGACACCACCACCAACACCAACCGCACCCGCUCCCGUACCCCUUCUUCCACAACUUGCUGUUUUUUGUAAACAUUGCCGCAGUCACGUCGAAGUCACUGCCGCUGCCUCAGCUACCGCAUAGCUGCUGCUGCUGCUGCUGCUGCUGGCUCUGUCCGUUGCCGCUUUUGAAGUGGGCAGCCCGCCAACGUGGAUCUUGCCCCAAUCAGCUGCGACAAUCUCUUGGCAGCGACGUCGACCGCACUGCCAGCGGUGGCUGGCUGCCUGCUCUGUUGCAUAGUUUCCAGUCCGAUAAUGCAUUAUAAAUAAUGUUAAAAAAGCAACAAAAAACAAAACAAAAACGACUACAGAAAAAAUUAAGAGUAUCAGAUGAAUGCGAGGCGCAAGAUUUAUGAGCAAAUCGAUUUAAUCAAGUUUUAUUAUUAAUAUUACUAUUUGUUUUAUGUUAAUUAUGGUUAGCCCUUGACAGAUUUAGUGUAAUCUAAGUGUUUGCUCGCGUAGCUGAAUAAAUAUUUAUUAGUAAAUUGA